GGAAUGAGCCGUAAUCUGGGGGUGGGAAUGCCAGGGCCCCAUGCCAGGAAGGCCCGGGAGCCCAUGGCUUUGCUCUUCACCUCCGGCCUGGCUUCCACAGGUCCUGCAUGAUCACAUUGCCUACCGCUACGAGGUUCUGGAGAUGAUCGGGAAGGGGUCCUUUGGACAGGUGGCCAAGUGCUUGGAUCACAAAAACAAUGAGCUGGUGGCCCUGAAAAUCAUCAGGAACAAGAAGAGGUGUGGCUUGGGGGAUGACAUAGGCCACAGAAGAGGGACUGUGUGACUCUGGCCCCUGCAGAAUGCCAGCCCUUCCUGACUCUGCCUCAGCCUCCGAUCUUCCCUUUUGUUUUCCCUUUUCUCUUUCUACCUGUCUGAUUUCAUGAGGGGGCAAAGAGGAGGUGAAAGUAUGGUGUUUUUAGUGCUUCCUGCCACUAGACAGUCUUGCUGGGGUCAUGGGGAGGGGCUGACUGACUGCUGCAGUGGGACCUGACACUGAUGUUUCUGUCCCCAUUUCCCACCCUGCCUGCCACUCCCCAUCCCCUCAGAUUUCACCAGCAGGCUCUGGUGGAGUUGAAGAUCCUGGAAGCCCUCAGAAAGAAGGACAAAGACAACACCUACAAUGUGGUGCAUAUGAAGGACUUUUUCUACUUUCGCAAUCACUUCUGCAUCACCUUUGAGCUCCUGGGGUCAGCUGCCUUUUCUUCUUAACUCAUUUCCUCUGGAAAAGUUACCUAAGUGAUAGUGUUUGAGGUCAGAACACUAGAUUUUUCUGGGUGUGAAUAUUUAAUAACUAGAAUGUUCAUGACAGUCACUUAGUUAUGCAGAAGGCCCAGGAGCAAGGAGGCUGGGAUGAAAGCAGACAAUCUUGGUAUGCCUGUCACCUGCCAGCCUCCCCGUGAGGUACUUCCCUGGGGUGGGUACUGAGCCAGGUGACGUGACCAAAACAAGGCCUCUUUCCUCAAGAGCUAAACCAAAAUAGUCAAAAAGGACUUUUCUUUGUUUGCUAUCAUAUUCCCCACUCGUAGGCUUUCUGGCCUGAUCGUGCAGAGGCGGAAACCUAAAGGGACAGGCAGCUGGCUGCUCAGAGUGGGAAAAGGGUUUUGAUUUUGAGUAAAUAAGGACAAGAGCAGAUAUUUUUGGUAAGAGAGCAGAGCCUGACUUAAAUAGAUUGGCAUGGCCUGGCUGAAUAUUGGAGCUGACGAGGCAUGCUAAUCGCAAGGGCAUGCUAAUUUGAUUAUUCUUCUCUCCGGGAAGACCAUCUGAUGCAAUUUAUAUAACACUAGAAACCCAGAAUGCAUUUAGCAAAGGAGAACAAGCAGGGCUGAGCUCUCUGAGUGUUACUGGAUUCAGCAAGCUGGUAGCUCAGGGCUCCCAGGACACCGCUGCUGAUGGUGAAACUCUAGGAACCAGCUACAUUUGAAUUAGCAGAAUCAACUUGUACGAGUUGAUGAAGAAUAACAACUUUCAAGGCUUCAGUCUGUCAAUAGUUCGGCGUUUCACUCUCUCUGUUUUGAAGUGCUUGCAAAUGCUUUCUGUAGAGAAAAUCAUUCACUGUGAUCUCAAGCCCGAAAAUAUAGUGCUGUACCAAAAGGGCCAAGUCUCUGUUAAAGUCAUUGACUUUGGAUCAAGCUGUUAUGAACACCAGAAAGUAUACACGUACAUCCAAAGCCGGUUCUACCGAUCCCCAGAAGUGAUCCUGGGCCACCCGUACGACAUGGCCAUUGACAUGUGGAGCCUGGGCUGCAUCAUGGCAGAGUUGUACACGGGCUACCCCCUGUUCCCCGGGGAGAAUGAGGUGGAGCAGCUGGCCUGCAUCAUGGAGGUGCUGGGUCUGCCGCCAGCCGGCUUCAUUCAGAUGGCCUCCAGGAGACAGACAUUCUUUGAUUCCAAAGGUUUUCCUAAAAAUAUAACCAACAACAGGGGGAAGAAAAGAUACCCAGACUCCAAGGACCUCACGAUGGUGCUGAAAACCUAUGACGCCGGCUUCCUGGACUUUCUCAGAAGGUGUUUGGUAUGGGAACCUUCUCUUCGCAUGACCCCGGACCAGGCCCUCAAGCAUGCUUGGAUUCAUCAGUCUCGGAACCUCAAGCCACAGCCCAGGCCCCAGACCCUGAAGAAAUCCAGUUCCUUUUUCCCUUCUGAGACAAGGACGGACAAGGUUCAAGGCUGUCAUCACUCGAGCAAAAAAGCAGAUGAGAUCACCAACGAGACUACAGAGAAAACAAAAGAUGGCUCCACGAAGCAUGUUCAGCCUUCAGGGGAUCAGCAGGACUCUCUCCAGCACAGAGCUGACACUGUUCAGCUGCCUCAACUGGUAGAAGCUCCCAAGAAGUCAGAGGCACCUGUUGGAGCGGAGGUGUCCAUGACCUCCCCGGGACAGAGCAAAAACUUCUCCCUCAAGAACACAAACAUUUUACCCCCUAUUGUAUGACCUUUGCUGAGGGUAUGUCCUGCUCCUUUCCACCAGUGAUUUGUAUUAAGACAGCACUUAUAUUGUACAAUACUUCAGACUGUUUUUUUUAAAUACAUAAAAGUUUAUUUAAAAAAAACUCUAUUAA